GCUGGGAAUCGACACUUUCGAUCCUUUGAUCGCUGGCAUGGGCUGUGACAGCUACAUAGGAGGCGUCAAUGUCGUCUCUUACGUCUCUCCCUUAAAGCAGAAAAUGUAUCUCAAGAUCGUGUCUGGAAUUAUUCGUCUUUCUAAGUUGACUGACGAUAUUGGCGGUGGGAUCACGUUUAUACUCCACUCUGCCCUCAUAGACCAAAUAACCCUCUUGCCAUCUCCUGAGGAUGUUGAAGCUUUUCGAGUUGUGGUCGUACCCUCUGCUUCAGUUGGAGCCUCUACAUUUACUCGGGAGCUUCCUAAACUGAUGAUAUUUGAUGUGCCUCGAAAGCACAAGCUCGACGGAUGGGUAUGCGAGAACGCAGGCCCGAAC